AUGUACCAUAUGCAGCUGUACAGUGUGAGGGGACAAACGCUCCUAGCGCUGAAAUUCUUCGCUACCGGCACCUUCUUGAUCACGGCGGGGGACUUUCUGCAUCUGCAUGAAUCUACAGCGUCACGGUGCGUGCGAAGAGUGGCCCUGGCUCUGGCAAAGCAAGCGCCGCACUUCAUACGGUGGCCAACAGCAGCGGAAGUCCCCGAACUGCAGCGGCAGUUCUACGCCGUGGACGGCUUUCCGGGCGUCGUAGGAGCCAUCGACGGCACCCACGUUCGGAUCCAAGGGCCACCGCUGCACGAGGAAGUGUUCGUGAACCGACACUUCUACCAUUCCAUCAACGUGCAGCUGGUGGUCGACGCGCGCUCAAGGAUUCUCAACGUGGUUGCCAAGUGGCCCGGAAGCGUCCACGACUCGUACGUGCUGUCGCAGAGCAGUGUCGGGGAGAACUUCGCAACCGGCGCGUACGGCGGCCUCCUCAUCGGCGACAGCGGCUACCCGUGCAGGCCUUGGUUGAUGGCGCCUUUUCGAUCGCCGACCACGCCGGCCGAGUGUGCGUACAACCAGACGCACGCAACGACUCGGUCCGUGGUCGAAAGGACGAUCGGGCAGCUGAAGCGCCGCUUCCACUGCCUGCACGCCGAGCUGAGGAUGCUGCCAGAGCGCUGCUGCACCAUCGCUGUGGCGUGCUGUGUGAUGCACAACAUUGCACAGCACUACACGUGCAGGGAAGGUGACUGUGACCUUCCACCAGAGGUUCCCGUGCCUCCAUCGCCACCCGAAGCAGACGAUGGGGUGGCGCGCCGACAUGCAAUUGUGCACCAACACUUUCGUAGUGAGAUUUAA